GCCUGCGAAGCGUGCCGCCCUCACGAUAGAAACAACGUGUCGCGAGACAAUCGAACAUCGCCCGUCAAAAAGGCGCCCUCAUUUGAAAACAUUUUUGCUUUGGUGAUUUUUUUAUGUGAUUUGGUUUUGAUAUAGAAUGCAUUCUUGGAUUAGGUUCCAAAAAUUAUUAUUAUUUUUCUGAGGUGAUGAAAACAACUAUUUUCUGGUAGAUUAAACAUACCUACCUAAGAUAUAAUGGAUUUACAACGAAAAAUGAAGGGACUUGCCAAUAAGGCGAGUCAGUCUAAAUCAGCCCCCUCCCACAGCGGCUCGAGCCAGGGCAUGGCGACAUUAAUCGUUAUGUUGGCAGUACUGACCAUAAUUAUAAUGUUCUGUUGUUUUGCCGCGCCCGGAGUGCGAAACUUGUGCAAGCGGUACAUCUUCCGGACCUGUACCAUCGAUGAUCCCGACACAGAUAACGUUGGAACGCCAGCUCAAGAAUCAGCAACCCCAACAAUAAUCCUUCUUCCGUAUGGUAGAAUGUUGGUGGUGGACAGGUCUGUGUUCGCCCAAUUGCAAGCCGAGCAAUCGGGCAUCGAUUUCAUGGAGCUGAGCGCCAACUUGAUCCGAGCGCAGCGGCACCAAACGGGCAGCACUCCAAGCAUCUUGGAUUCGGAGACGACCUCCAAAGGUUUGUCUCCGAUCUCGCUGGGGUUGUCUCCUCCCGCCUACGAUGAGAUUUUCGGGGACAAGCUUCCUACGGAUCUGCCGCCCAGCUACAGUGAGUUGAGUUUGAUGUUCAGGAAUUACACCAGGCAGAUGCAGGGGGUGGAACAGUACAGUUUGGAGAAUUUAGGGGAUGUGGGGAGUGAUAUUGAAGUGAACAAUGAGAAUAAUAUCAAUAAGGAACUCGAUGAUAGUAGUGUUAUAUUGGAUAUUGAUGGGUGUGUCCAAGAUGAACAGGUUAAGGAGAGUAGAAUGUAGUUUUUUUGUAUUUUCUUUAUUGUAUAUAGGUAAAAUAUAGAAGGGUUUAAAGAAACCACAGUCAUUUAGUCAUUUAAAAAUUUC